CCAAGGCCACACACGAACAAGAGAUCAUUGCACAAUUUGCUUGACAAAUUCAACAAGGCACGACCAUGAAGGGAGCGUACCUUUUCGCAGUGUUGGUUGGCAUCAAAACCAUCUUGGCGGAAAUCCAAGCUGGCGAACGGGCGACCUACGGCACGCCCAUCAACAGCUACAACAACCAGGACGAGUACGACAACUACGGUGACGUUGAAGAGUACGACCAGCCUUCGUAUGGCGGCGACGUUGAAGAGUACGAUCAGCCUUCGUAUGGCGGCGACGUUGAAGAGUACGAUCAGCCUUCGUAUGGCGGCGACGAUGACGACACCUAUGAGACGUAUGGCGACUACAAAGAGCCAACAAAUGAUGGCUACGAGCCCAAGAAGGCUGACUCGUACACGGAAGAUGACUACAAUUACGAUACCUACUCUGAACCUGCGCCGACGAAGCGACCUACCACCAACAAACCUGCCUACGGCUAUGGCUACGAUGAUGAAGUUCCUUCGUACAAGACGACCAAGAAGCCUGCUUACAAACCCCGGCCCAACUAUGGUGGCGAUAACUACGGCCAACAAGAAACCGAUGACUACGAUACGCCACCCAAGAGCACCUACGGCAAGAAGAAACCGGCGUCGUACAACAAGGAAAAGCCUGGCUACGGCAACAUCCACGGUGAUAAGUUCGGCGACGAAGACGACUACCGAACGUACGCGCCACCAGUGUACGAGCCGUGGACGUCGCACUACAAGAAGGACGCAGAGGAGCCUUUCCCGUACACGUUCUUCACGGAAACGCCCGGCGCGGUGGACAGCUUCAAAGUGCCCAAGUUGGGUGACUACCAUUGUUUUCUCACGGGGGCCCCGUGGACGUCGUGCGGCCGCAAGAGCCUGACCAAUUACUUCUUGGACCAGUGCUUGGUUUUGCACUUCUCCCUCAGUGCCAACGUCGACGGCAUCUGCGGCGGUGAGCCCCCCAAGCCUACUCCCAAGCCCGAAGAAUACAACGACGACUACUACGGGUCGGACUACAAGAAGCGCCCAACCCCCGAGCCCACGACAACCACGACGGCAAAGCCCAAGACGACGAAGAAACCCGACGAAGGCGGGUACGGCUCGCCUGCCACGGCCGCCCCCACGCCCAAGCCCGCCACGUACGAGAUCACGCCCGACUACUUGAAGGAAAAGUGCCUCCAGAGUGCGUACGUGUCUAUCACGACGGCGACCGUCAUGUGCUUGACGGAAAACUACAUCCGCAUCAAUUUCAUCGAGCACUACGCCGCGGACGCGUGCAAGAACCCAGUGGAAGGCCCGGUGCUGUACCUGCGCAAGCUACACGCGUUCAUCGAGUCGGUCAAAGCAUGCACCGGCGACGCCGCCAAGGACAACUUUCCCAACUUGUACCGGUCGUUCGAGCAACCGGCGGGCACGGUCGCGUACAACCCGAACGCGCCGUACUAUGUCAAGCACGGCGAAAAGGAAAUCUUCCUUCAGCAGUACACCAGUGGCGAAGCCUCGGGGCUCAGUGCGUUUACGAUUGGCACGAAGUUUGCGUGCGCCAACCCGAACGACUUGCAGCCCAUUGACAGCGAUCAAGGCGCCUACAUCUAUGCUAACAUCCCCAGCACGAUCCACUACUCGGUGACCGAUCCAGCCAACAACUUGUACACCAACAGCAAAAACUCGGAAGCCCUUAAAGCCCUCCAAAAGACGGACAGCCAGAGCAUCUACCGCUACUGCCAGAACGCCGACUACACCACCGACCGCACGUACCGCGGUCUAUACGACGCCGUGCACUACGUCGAGCGCGAAGCGUCGGCACUCCGCCGUCCCCAGUCAAUUGCUGAAAUCGCGGUCCGCAGCGCUGGCUACCACGAGCAGCCCAUCUUGGAAGGGUUUGGCAUCUUGUACUAUUGCGCAUUCCAUGCAUGCCGCGCCAACAACGACGGAGACCUGUCCAAGUGCUACCCCGAGUUCAAGACGGACGAGUGGAAGCUGUCGGAUGACCUCCGCGCCAACUCUGCGACUGUGACCAAGUGCAUCGACGACGACAUUCUGACUGCCGAGGACAUCACGACCACCGCCGAAGUGCAAACGUACAACCACCUGUUGUCCAAGCGCAGCUACUUGUGCCUCGCCGAGUUUGACGUUGUCGAGUUCUUGGGAAAAAUCUACCCCGACUGGGCCAAGGAGGACGACGCCAUCUCCCUCGUGUACGGUCGUCAUCUGGCCGACGAACGCGCCUACGGAGACCUGAAAGAGGGCGAGUCAGGGCCGUCGGUGGACGGCAACGGGGACAAGCUGUGCCCGCUGCCCAGCGAAGUGUACGCUGCGCUGUCGUCCGCUCUGUCGAAGCUCGCUAGCACGUGCAGCGAUAAGCGAAAAGCGGCGGCAGAGGUUAAGCCUAAAGUGUACAACCGGCCCCAGUAUGGCAACCCCCAAUACGGGUCGGAAGCCAAGUAUGGCGGCAAGUACACUGCUUAGGCCGUUUCCCCCCCUCCGCAUAUCCACUGACAGAGCCCCACAAAGUGGCGCUGCUGUUCCUUUGUCAAGUGACAGUGGACAUUUCGAUGGUGAUCAUACAGUCUUGCUACGUUUCGGUAGUAUUAAUCGUUUUUACAUACACUACUUUCUACUUUAA